CCUUUUUGAGCUAAAGACUGAACAUCAGACAAGUUGACAAUCAUGUCUCGUGCCAGAUACCUGUGUGUGCUGUGCCUGGUGGCCCUUGGACUUUUUUGCCUGACCAGCACUGGAGAAGGCGUCAUGUAUGAUUGCUGCUACACGUACACCAGGAAGCAGCUGCCUUUAAAAAUUAUUAAAGGUUUUACAAUCCAGAAUUCCUUUGAAGUGUGCGACAUUGAUGCAGUGAUCUUUAUUACAAGGAAAUUCCGAGUCUGUGCAAAUCCCAAGGAACAGUGGGUCAUUAAUGCCACUGAUGCAAUCAGCAAAAGAAAAAAGAAAACUCCCCAAAUCUCAAAAGAAUAAAACAAUCCAUUAACAAACGGAUCUUCAUUAUUUUAUUCAGUGUUUUUUUUUUCAUUACUUUUUGCUUGCAAAAAGCUACCUAAUCCUGGUUUCAUCUGAAACAUCUCAAUAUGCCCCUUAUUUAGCCUUCUGAUCACAUUGCAUCAUUACUGCCUCUGCUUAUUAGAGCAAAUGUAUAUAUUUUAUUCUCGGCUCACAUAUAGUAUGUAUUGUUGCUGUAAUAUCUGCUUGUAUAGCGUUGCAAGGAUGUAGCAAUUUCUUGUCUGUAAAUGUGAUACUUUCAUUUCUCUAUGAGAAAAACAAUUACAGAUAUGGGAUCCAUUAUCCAGAAAGAUCUGAAUUAUGGAAAGCCUGUCUCCCAUGGGCUCCAUUUUAAUCAAAUAAUUGAGAUUUUUUUAACUGAUAUCCUUUUUCUCUGUAAUAAUAAAACAGUACCUUGUAUUUGAUCCCAACUAAGAUAUAAUUACCCCUUAUUGGGGGCAGAACAGUCCUAUUGGGUUUAAUUAAUGUUUUAUUGAUUUUUUAGUAGACUUAAGAUAUGGAGACCCCCUUAUCUGGAGUACCCUUGGUCUCGAGAAUUCUGGAUAAUGGGUCCUAUACCUGUACCUUGAAAAGACAGACACAUGUUGGGCUAUGAGCAAGGCUUUCAUUACUCUUGUAAAACCUCUACUCCUGAUUUAGUUUUGAGACCUAGGCCUGUGUGUGCCCAUCACCACCUCAGUGCUUGAGUGAAUAUGUUCUUGUCUUUACCCCACUCUGCCACCAUAUGUAGGUUAGAGGCAGAGUAGGACAGGGGAGUUCCAGAAAGGAUAAAGAUGUAGCAAGCUGAGUGAAGGAGAGAUCACACCAACUUAUGAACAAGCCAAACCCAUAAUACUGGAAGAAGCUAAUUGUUAUGACAGUGGCAUCUCACCUCCAGGCUAUCAUGUUGUUAAAGAAUCUGUUUAUCUGUGAACCUUUUAUAAUAAACCUGACUCUGCUUGAA